AUGCUUGCCUGUUCCUCCAUUCCUCUCAUUCUGGCGUAUUCCCUAAGUCUCGUGGUCUAUCAGCUCUUCCUCGCAUUGGUCAUGCCAGGGUACCAACAAGAAGGGCUUCCUGUACCUUCUCUUGGGUAUAAGACCCUCAUGUAUAACUGCAAUGUGCUCUACUCUCUCUACACAACUAUGCUGACUGCUGCUGCUCUGCACUACUACCACAUUUUCCAUCUCGCCGAAAUUAUCGACAAUUAUGGCCACAUCAUGUCCAUCGCCAUAAUUUACAGUUUCGCUGUGUCCUUUGAUCCGCAUGUCGGGAACUUCAUCUAUGAUGUCUUCAUGGGUGCUUGUUUGAAUCCCCGUAUCGGCUCUGUUGAUCUGAAGAUGUGGGCUGAGGUUCGGAUUCCUUGGGUAAUUGUCUUCUUUUUGGCCAUGUCUGGAGGCUGCCACCAGUAUGAACAAUAUGGUUAUGUCACCCCUGUGCAUCCCUUUUUUAAAACUUGUGUUCCUGAUCCAAUUUUCAGCACAAAGGGCGAAGAGUGUAUCCCCCAAACAUGGGAUAUGUAUCAUGAGAAAUGGGGCUUCAUGGUCAUCUUCUGGAACUUUGCUGGUGUUCCCUUCACUUACAUAUACUCUGUGGUAUACAUGGCUUCGCACGAUCCCUCUAACUAUCAAUUCUCUACACCUACAUAUGUCGUUCUUUUCACCACUCUACUGACAGCAUACUACAUUUGGGACACCUCAAUGUCUCAAAAGAGUCGCUUCAAAAUGCAAACACAGGGCAUCACAACUUUCCGCAACACAUUCACGCAGUUUCCAGGGGGAACCCUCAAGAAGCCUGAGUUUAUCCAGACAGCACAUGGAAACCGCCUUCUCAUCAGUGGUUGGUGGAGAUACUCUCACAAACCUAACUAUGUUGCCGACUGGACCAUGAGCUUGUGCUGGGGUGUUGUUAUCGGAAGUGCAACCAUCAUUCCUUACUUCUACUCGGUUUUCUUCAUCACAGUACUCAUCCAUCGCUGCGGGCAUGACUUUGAACGCUGCUCGAUCAAGUAUGGCAAGGACUGGGAGCAUUAUUGUUCUAUCGUUAGAUAUAAGUUCAUACCCGGAAUCUACUAA